CUUCAUGAUAUGAAGGUCAAAUCUGUGGGACCAUAAACACACUACAGAUCUGACGACCAUACAUACAUGAUACAUCCCCAUCAUACCUUCAUCAUCUACGUCAGUUUCUCUGGACACCAGAGACCCUCGGUCACGACUAUUCCGUCUUACACCCACAGCUACAAAAACCAACAAAUCGUUUCAUCCACUCGAUCAAAACCUCUAAAUACUAACUCAUCAAUCAUUCAUCACGAUAUUAUGCUAAUUCGAGGUGGGGUUGAUUCGAAGUGGUGAAACUACACGGUUUCAUGGAGUUUCCGAUGAUUUUAAGAGCUCCGACGACUAACCCAACUCCGACUACUUCCGCUUACUGCUGUAGCAGAGGAAGUGUCUGGUUGCCGGAGAGAUUAAAGAAACGGAGGUACGUUGCCGUAAAAAGAGCAGUAAGCGUGAGAGCUACGGUGGAGAGAAAUGGUGGUGAGGGGAUCGAUACAGGAGAGAGGAAGAGCGCUGUCGCUGGCGGCGGUGGUAGCGUCGGAGCAAGCUAUACAAGUUCUGCAAUGGAGGUCACUACAUUUAACCAGACAUUCCCAGAUGCUGAGUUUCCAGUUUGGGACAAAAUCGGUGCUGUUGUCAGACUCAGCUAUGGAAUCGGAAUUUAUGGUGCAAUGGCAUUUGUAGGAAACUUUAUAUGUUCAACAACAGGAAUCGAUAGCACAGGAGGAUAUUCACCAUCAUUAGAUGCAAUUGUUCAAGGACUCGGAUAUGCUGCUCCUCCUAUUAUGGCCCUUCUUUUUAUACUAGACGAUGAAGUGGUUAAGGUAUCCCCUCAUGCUCGUGCUAUACGGGAUGUUGAAGAUGAGGAGUUAAGAAGCUUUUUCUAUGGAAUGUCUCCAUGGCAGUUUAUAUUAAUUGUGGCUGCAAGUUCAGUUGGAGAGGAGCUCUUCUACCGGGCUGCAGUUCAGGGUACCUUAGCUGAUGUGUUUUUAAGGGGGAAUGAUCUUGUAACAAAUGCACAUGGAAUGGCUGCACUGACAGGUGUAUUGCCUCCAUUUGUACCAUUUGCACAAGCAUUUGCAGCUGUGAUCACAGCUGCACUCACGGGUUCGCUUUAUUAUGUGGCUGCAUCUCCAAAAGAUCCUACUUAUGUUGUGGCACCAGUUUUGAGUUCACGUUCUGGUCGUCAAGAAAUGAAGAAGCUUUUUGCAGCAUGGUAUGAAAGGAGACAAAUGAAGAAGAUAUAUUCUCCAUUACUGGAAGGACUUCUAGCUCUUUACCUUGGAUUUGAAUGGAAUCAGACAAACAACAUUUUAGCACCAAUCAUCACGCAUGGAAUUUACUCUGCAACGAUACUUGGACAUGGACUUUGGAAGAUUCAUGAUCACCGAAGAAGAUUACGCCAGCGAGUUCAGCAGCUUAAUCUUGAAGAAAAGAACUCGAGAAAUUUCUGAAAUUAGGUCUAGUAUUAGUAGUAAUAGAAACUAUACCCUUUUGGGAUGAAGAAGCUUGUAUAUAAGUAAACAAUAAUUCUGUGUGGUUUUGUACUAUAAAUACUAUACAAAGAGACUAUUUUCAUGACCCAAGCUUAUGGCAAU